AUGGCAGUAGACUGGCCCGCUCUUGCAGAUGCCCUAGUCUCGUGGUCCUCAGGGCAUCUAGCCGCGACCGAUGCGUCAUACCGAGUGACAGCCCUGGAAGCGCGAUCCACUGCACUGCACGCCUUGACGGAGACGAUCUCGUCUGUGCCCGAUGAUUUGACCUGCUGUGAGGCUAAUGUAGCAACUUGUUUGGUCCUUCUAACGUCGGAGGUCUGUCUUGGCGAUCAUACGGGAUGGUAUUACCAUUUGAAAGGCGUCAAAAAUAUGAUUAUGUCUGCUCGGUCGUCGGGGAGACACUUUCGAGGAACGGAUGCAUUGAGACAAAGCCCGGAGGGUCAAUGGAUUUUACGAAACUUCGCUUACCAUGACGUCCUAGGUAGUGUCGCUUUAGGGACCCAACCGUUGAUCAAAGCAGAGUAUCUUGAUGGUAUCACUGGUCUCGUGGACACUUACCUUGGGGUGGCUUCUGAGAUUUUGAUGCUCAUCUCGGAGAUCAGUUGUCUCGACCCGAUGGACUUGGUUUAUGAAUCCAUCGACGAUUCGGACGAUAGUCCCUUAGUCGUAUUGAGCGACCGUUGUACAUCGCUCGAACGCAGACUUGCAGGCUGGAAGUGUCAACCUGGAACUGCGCCUACCCUCGUGGCGGUCGCAUACGCAUAUAGGAGUGCCGCUCUUUUAUACCUAUAUAGGCGAAUACUACGUGCAAUUUACGACAGUUUGCAUCGUCGAGAAGAAUUGUCGUCAAUGCUCAACUCGACAAUUCAGACCGAGGUCGCAAGAGUUUUGGAACAUGUGUCCGAUGUCCCCCUUAACGACAAACCAGAGACCGCUCUGUUGUUUCCCGUAUUUAUGGCGGGGAUUGAGGCGACCGAAGGAAACCAUAUUGAAAUCGUUCGCAUGCGGCUAGUUAUCAUGCAGGGAAAGCGGCCAUUUCACAAUAUCUCCCGAGCACUGCAGGUUCUGGAGGAGCUCUGGACACGGGGUCGAAAUCACAGCAACGUGGAUUGGAGGGAUAUCGUAGAACAGCAAUCCGGAGGACUCCUCCUGACCUGA